AUGCAGGAAUCAGUCAACGCAAUCCCCGACAAAUAUCUACACAACUUGGAUCCAGAAUGGAAAGAAAUAUGGACUAAGCAUGGACAAGAUGUGGUGGGAGCGCAUUUGGUAACCAUCGAGGAAUUUCGUCAGUGUCCGGCAAAAUAUAGCUUUACCUAUCCAACCUGGGAUGGGCCCGAUGUACAUAACGUACAAGAUUACAUAGUUCCCGUCCAAGAUCCGGAGGGUACUAUCACUUGUCGCGUAUACACGCCUUCUGGCUCAGGUCCAUUCCCCGUGCAUUUGAACUUCCACGGCGGAGGAUGGGUCCUCGGUGGUCUCAAGACAGAGGCUGCAUGGUGUCGAUCUGUAUGCAAUGAAUCAGGCAUUGUUGUGAUUGAUGUUGAUUACCGUCUUGCCCCUGAAUUUGCCUUUCCCGUGGCCAUCUACGACUGCUGGACCGCACUACAAUGGGCAAUUUCCAACGCCAACACGCUCAACAUCGACCCGACGUCCGCCUCAAUAGGUGGUCUCUCCUCCGGCGGAUUGAUCACUGCUGUCCUGGCACAUUUUGCUAGAGAUAGCAUACCCAAGAUAGAUCUGAAACUGCAAUUGAUGAUUGUGCCGGCCACGGACAUGCGAUACGUCCCUAUAUCUGCAGAUAAGCCUACCAGAUUGACACCUGAAACUUGUCCGUACCCCAGCGCAAUAUUUUGCGCUGAUCUUCCGUGGUCUCCUCUGGAACGCGAGUCAUGGUUUCUGAAAUAUUACAUCAGUGAUGAUCCCGAGACUCGCUCCAAGAUUCUGGAGGACUGGCGCAUGACACCUGUGCUCUCACCUUGUCUACGAAAUUUAGCACCCGCGCAUAUUGUAACAGCUGAAUAUGAUGUUGAACGCGACGAAGCGGAACAUUAUGGAAGAAUGCUACAGGCUGCAGGAAAUCAAGUCAGCAUGAAACGGUACCCAGGUGUUCCUCAUGCUUUUGCACAUUACAAUCAUCCGUCAAGGGGGCUCAGCAGAAGUCAUGAGUUUAUCAAAGAUACGGCUCAGCUGCUGUCCCAUGUUCAUUCCAAGAUGAUGAAGCCACUUUCGUCGGCAAUUUAG